AAAGCGAAUCCGACGAUGCAUAGCCAGCAAAGCAACCUCUGUCUCUCCCUUUCUGUAUCUCUGUUUAUUUAAUUUUCAGUUCUUUAAAACUUCCUUCUUUUUAACCUUUAUAUAUAGAUGGCGGUGUCACAUUGCUGUUGGUGCUAUCAUCGAUUGCCAGAAAUAAAAGCACAAGCUCCAACCCAUCUCUCAAAACCUCUGCCUCCUCAAAAUCGUAUUGGAUCUUCACUACUUUUGCUGCAUAAAGAAAGAAGAAUAGCUGUCCAGUGUCCGCACCUAAGAAAGAGAGAGGAAAGCAAAACCCUUUCCUUUGCCUGGAAAUGCUGAAGCUUCUUGGCUUUUGAUUACUCAUUUUCGUUUCAAUUGCUGGGUUUUAUGGCUUUGUUCUGUGGAUCUUCGCAGGGGGCUUGCGGACUGCUCUGAUACGUGUCACAUCUUUGCAGCUAUAACGAGUUUCACUUUCACAGCUGUGCAAAUUUUAUUCCUGCUUGAAGCUUGAGAUUAUAACGAAGCAGGUAUGGCGGCUGAGCUCGUCAAUUCAGCGACAAGUGAUAAACUUACAGAAAUGGAUUGGAUGAAGAACAUAGAAAUCUGUGAACUAAUCACACGUGAUCAAGGGAAAGCCAAAGAUGUAAUUAAAGCUAUUAAGAAACGAUUGGGGAAUAAAAACCCAAAUAUUCAGCUUUUUGCUGUCUUGUUAUUGCAGAUGUUAAUGAAUAAUUGUGGAGAACAUAUUCAUAGACAGGUUAUAGACAAUGAACUUCUUCCGAUAUUGGUAAAGAUGGUGAAGAAAAAGUCGGAUCUUCCUGUACGAGAGAAAAUAUUUCUUCUUUUAGAUGCCAUGCAGAUAUCUUUUGGUGGUGCUUCUGGAAAGUUUCCUCAAUAUUAUACUGCAUAUUAUGAUUUGGUGAGUGCUGGUGUACAGUUUCCACAGAGGCCUCCUCCUGUCGCUUCAAGUCAUGCCAUGCCGGAGGAACCCAGAAGGAAUUUACCUGAGGCUGAAGAGAAAUCUGCCCCUCCAAAAUCUGAAAGGGGUAUUCAGCCUGAAAAUCCUCAGAUUGUGCCUGAAUCAAGUAUUAUUCAGAAGGCCAGUGCUGCCCUGGAGGUUUUGAGAGAAGUAUUGGAUGCUAUUGACAUUCAACAUCCUGAGGAAGCAAAGGAUGAGUUCACUCUGGAUCUUGUUGAGCAAUGUUCAUUUCAAAAGCAACGAGUAAUGCAUCUUGUGAUGACAUCUCGGAAUGAAAAGGUGGUUUCUCAAGCAAUUGAACUAAAUGACAAGCUGCAGAAAGUACUUACCAGACAUGAUGCUCUUCUAUCAGUUCAGGCUACCUCCACUGCUACUCAUUUUGACCUUGAAGAAAUGGAGGAGGAAGAGGAGCCUGAACGGCUUUUCCGAAGAAUCAGAAAAGGGAAAGCAUGUGCAAAGCCCGAAGAGGGAAAUCACUUGGAGGAACCCCCGAAUUUAUUUGGACCAAUUGAUGCAGAAAGGUUCCACCGUCCACUUAUACGGCCAUUAAGCUUGGAACCACAAGACUCCAAUACGUCACCUACUCAUGUUGUCAUUCCUCCUCCACCAGCCAAACAUGUUGAGAGGGAGAGAUUCUUUCAGGAGAAAAGAGUGGAUGGUUCAGCAUUAGCUGGUCACGUGAAAGGUCUCUCGUUGCAUAGCCACAAUGCUAACAGUUCAAACAGUGAGAGUAUUGAUUUUAGUGACUGAAGCAGGCCUUUUGUUUAUAUCAAAUUGCUGUUAGGAUUAUUGGUAUCUGUAACAGUCAAGUUAGUUGUUCAGCGGUGAAUCUAGCUAGCGUUUAUGUGAUUUAAAGGGGGUAACUCCCCAAAGCUCAUUCUCCAUUGAUUGUAGAUUCAUCUGGUCUGCUUAUUUGGUGCCUUACAUGCUUGGGGUGUACAGCAAAGACUGCUCGAAUCUAGUGUGGUUGGGUUUCUUAGUAGCCUUUUUCAAAAGUAACCAUUUUGAGUUAUACAUGUCAUCUGACUAAAGCUUUGUCCUUAAUUCCUUAUUAUAGUUUAUUCUAUA